AUGCAUGAGAACAGGGGUAAUGGAAAGCGUACAGCAGUCAGCGAUUACUUCUCAGUGCCAAAGCAGAAGCACAAUCCUAUCCUUUCUCCUAACCCUGCGCCGUAUGAACCGCAUGGUUUCCUGCCACUUUGUUCCGUUGCGGCCGUUGAAGUCGACGCGACCAAUUACUUCGGGCUCUCAGACAGGACUAUCCAAAGUACUGUCGAGAAAAGCUGCCAUGUUCCGGAUACGGCCAAGGACCACGAGUGCGAUAAUGCUCUGCAUACGAGCCGGCGCUCGCUGGGCGAGGUUGCGCAUCCAUCAGUAGAGCAGCAUAACGAGCGCAAUGUCGUGCCGAAACCAGAAGAAGAACAGGGUAUUCAAAAAGAGCCCGAGAUAAAAUUGCGCGGUGGCAGUGGCGAAGAGCCUUGCGACGGAGACAAAGAGACGGUCGAUCGUUCGCCCGCAGGCGACUUGCCCGACCCGAGACACCAUCGGCGAACAGUCGAAGCUAAUCCACCGCUCGCUUCAUCGCCCAUCGACAUGGAUCAAAAGGAUCAUACCGAAGAACAGCAUACUAUUUCGGCGCUCAAUAGAGCGCUCGAACAGAUGUUACAAGAAGUCGCAACCGUUUGUAACCUGGCAUUAGACAUGCACGUGGCCACCAACGUUCCUUCCAGCACAGAAGACACGCUCGACAACACUGCGGAACAAUACGACGAGAUCAAGACGGUAUCCACCGAGAUGAGCGCUGCGAACAUGGACGAGACCACUCUCCCAGAAACUCAGAAAGCUUCUCCAGUAAUCCGACGAAAGCUCAGAAAGAACUGGAAGAGGCUGGCGCCGCUCGAAGGUCACACCGGAAGACUCUUUGACACGAUGCAGCGUACAGACAACAGAACGCUAAUCGCAUUGAAGUCCGGGUUCACAGUCGACAUCGUGAAUGCCGAUACCAAGAAAGUAUACGUCCGCAACGUUCCGCUUCGCAUGCUAUGGCAUUUCUGCGGCGCCUCGGUCCUCGAUCGCUUCAUAGCAGACCGGGACGGGCGCCCAGACCUGUUGAAGAUACCCGUGGAAGAAGCCGAGAAAUCUGGAGUCGCAAGAGUAAUGCGAUACAUGCGUCGCGCGUGCAAAGCAGCCAGCGUACGGCCCACGGGUGAGCUGCGCGUACCACCCAGUCUGGCCGACGGUAUCGAGACCAUCCGCGCAUGCCGUGUGUUCGGGCUGCACGCAGAUGCCGACCGGCUCGAAGAUGUGAUGAUCGAUGAGUGGAUAGGCAACGAAGCUUGGUAUAUGACCGACGAGCAUGUCGAGCUGAUCUGGGAUGGGUAUUACGGUAGUCUUCGCGACACCGUUUUCGGGGAUGUGAUAGUCUGGUUUGUAUUAACAGAAGUGCAGGAUAAGUCGCAUCCUCUCGCUGAGGAGAUACGGUGGAUGCUGGAGCAAGACGAGUACGAGACUUUGAAGGCAAGGGUUACGGAGGAGGUACAAAGGAAGAUGUGGAGACUGGAGGAUCAUGAUCAGUUCUUGGGGAGAUGCAGUUGGGAGAGGGCGGAGCGGAUGCGCAAGGAGGAGGAGCGUACUGAUCCUCGUGCGCGAGGUUAUCAUCGACAACCACUCCCGAUGUCCGACGCUGAGCAGAACACUUUUCAUCAUGGAACCAGCGCGAAAGCUCUUGGCAUUGAGAUGAUGCAAGCGGGAUUGUGGGAUGGCGGGGGCAUAGGGGUCCUUCCAGAUGUUCCAUUCCAAUCUCCUGAGCUGCCGAGGGCUGGAGCUGAUACACCUGUUCCGCAUUCGCUUGGUCGGUAUUGA